CUCGGCCUCCAGGCGGAUGUGGCUGGCGCCACCUUCAUGGCUGCAGGAAGCUCCGCCCCUGAAUUCAUGACGUCAGUAGUAGGUAAGUUCAUAUACUUUGUUAUGGUAUCUUAUUCUUCUUCUAUAUCUUAAAGGCCCACGAUCAAUGUAUUGAUCAUUCUUGCUCCUAUUUAUGAAGAGGGGAUUUGCGAUGUUUCUGUUUGGUAUUGUAGAGGAUACUUCACUGGUUGCAAGGGCUACUCAGCGAGGGUAUCAGAUCCCUACAGAUAAAUCUAGCUAUUGUUAAAAUUAUUUAUUUAAUUUGGGUCCAAAAAUAUUUUUAUGCCAGUACACUUUGAUUUCAAAUAUGACCUUGAGUCUGGCUCAAGAUUUUAAACUCUAUUCUCGUGACUCCUUUACUUAUUGAGGGAAUUAUCAAUAGCGCGCAAUGUUUCUCAAUGAGAUUUAUCCGUCAAAUGGUGUUGUUCUAAUGAAAACAUAAUCCACUGUUUCCUCUUACUCUCUUGACAUGAUGUUCCCACCAACACUUGUAAAGCACUCCGACACUUAUGUACUAUACGAACAACGCGUGAACACGCAUACCUUCAGUAACUUAGGAUAUUGAUGCUCCUCAGAAAUCUAGUUCUAUAACAUAGGAUAUUGAUGCUCUACAAAAAUCUAUUUCAAUAAAAUAGGAUAUUGAUGCUCUACAGAAAUCUAGUUCAAUAAAAUAGGAUAUUGAUGCUCUACAGAAAUCUAUUUCAAUAAAAUAGGACAUUGAUGAUCUACAGAAAUCUAGUUCAAUAAAAUAGGAUAUUGAUGCUCUACAGAAAUCUAGUUCAAUAAAAUAGGAUAUUGAUGUUCUACAGAAAUCUAGUUCUAUAACAGGAUAUUGAUGCUCUACAAAAAUCUAGUUCAAAAAAAUAGUAUAUUGAUGCUCUACAGAAAUCUAUUUCAAUAAAAUAGGACAUUGAUGAUCUACAGAAAUCUAGUUCAAUAAAAUAGGAUAUUGAUGCUCUACAGAAAUCUAGUUCAAUAAAAUAGGAUAUUGAUGCUCUACAGAAAUCUAGUUCUAUAAUAGAGGAUAUUGAUGCUCUACAGCAGCGGUUCUCAACCUGUGGCUCGCGACCCCUUUCGGGGUCGAACGACAAUUUCCCAAGGGUCGCCUAAGACCAUCGGAAAACACAUAUACUGUACAGUUUUGAGGUAGCAACGAACAUAAUUGUGUGGCUGGGGGUCGCCACAACAUGAGGAAUUGUAUCAAAGGGUCGCGGCAUUAGGAAUGUUGAGAAUCACUGCUUUACAGAAAUCUAGUUCUAUAAAAUAGGAUAUUGAUGCUCUACAGAAAUUUAGUUCUAUAACAAAGGAUAUUGAUGCUCUACAGAAAUCUGGUUCUAUAACAAAGGAUAUUGAUGCUCUACAGAAAUCUGGUUCUAUAAAAUAGGAUAUUGACGCUCUACAGAAAUCUAGUUCUAUAACAUAGGAUAUUGAUGCUCUACAGAAAUCUAGUUCUAUAACAUAGGAUAUUGAUGCUCUACUUCUGGAUUGUCCACCCGUACAAACCAAGGCAUCGUGAAACAUUUCAACUAGAUUUUGGCAUGAAGCACUCCCCAACUCAUGAGAUGCUUGUACAAUGGGCUAGCUAUAUAUUUAUGAUAUCAUAGGCCUACACUUAACCCAUUAUUUGAAACAUCAACCCCCCUGUCCUUUCCCUUUUUCCCCCAGUGGAGAUUGUUGUGAUCUGUAUACAAAAAUGAAGCAUGAUACCUUCACCACUUUUAAAUGAUAACAGAAUCGUGGAGCAUAAUCGAGUUUCCCUUUACACCCCCUUAACUCAUAGUCUUAAGAAUGGAUGCCCUUUAAUAACCACGUUGCGCGUAGCGACUGUCACAAGAUAAGUUUGUGUGUCCUCAGUGUUCAAAUAAAAUAAUUUGUCUUUAGUGUUGUUUUUGUUGUAUUUUGUUGUUGUUUGUUUGUUUGUUUUUUUUUUUUUUUUUUUUUUUUUUUUUUUUUUUUUUUUUUUUUUUUUUUUUUUUUUUUUUUUUUUUUUUUGUUUUUUUACGUUGUGACCGGUGCAGAGAAUCAGAACACUAGCGAGUUAGAACGCUUUUAAUCCUAUCAUCCAUCCAAUGACUAAAAAGCCAGAUCUUCUGAAUUUUAAAACCAUGUUUAAUGGGAAACUUUUACAUUGUAAUCCUUAAUUCUCUAAUUUUUAAUAUGGUCCCCUUUUCAAGGCUUAGCUAAAAUGGCAUAUAUUUUGGAAUGGGUCCCUAACGGUUUUAUUGUUUCUGAAAAAGGAUUAAGAAAAAUUCAUUUUUGUAAAAUAAAUUCGAGGGGGGGGGGAGGUGGGGGGUGUUGAGAAAUGAAUAAAACCUGUAUUUUUCCAGAAAGUUCUGUGAUUCCCCACGGUGAUUAUAUAGUGGGAUCAAUAAGCUUAUGGAAAUGUUUGUUUCCUUGGAUAGAUUUAUAUUUCUUCCUGAGAAUUUUCUAAAUAUCGCUGAGUUUUUUUUUAAUAUUUUUCUUGACGUUUCUAGAUAUUCUAGAAAGCUAUAAUUUUUCUAAAACCAAUUUAAGGUUAUAUAAAUGCCCUUAUUGAGUCUCAAAUGUUUCAAUAAUUUGCAAUAACUUUUCUCGAAUGAUAUGGAAGAAAAUUCAAAGAUAAUUUGGAAACUUUCCAGAAAGUUCCAGAUCAAUUUUCCCCUAAGCUAUAUACAUAAAUGAAGUUGGAAUCUCAAGUACAACACAUGCUUCUACGUUUAUUGAUCGAUCUAAUAUGGUAAGGAUAACUUAAAGUGUAACUAAUGGAACCGGGGGAUCCGGAGAACAAGAUCCCACCAGGGAGUGUGAUCCCACCUUGGAACGGGAUCCCAUCAGAGAUCGAAUCCCACCUGGAAAAGAGAGCCAUGUGGGGAAAAGUAUCCCAAUGAGGAAUAUGAAAUCUUAACGGGGAAAGAGAUCCCAACGAGGAACGGGAUCUCUUUGGGGUCAUAUUUUAUGUUAGUGAUAUACGGCUACAGCUUUGAAAUUUGUGAACAAUUUGUUAAAUGGCACAGCUUAUAAGUGUUAGUCUUUCAAUCGUAACAUCUUACUAGGCCUAGCUUAACUAUUAAAGUAAACGGGUAUGACCACAGAAUGUUUGCAAAAAGAUAAAAUAACUGUGCUUUUCAUAGGAUAAUAUUUAAAAUUUAAUUUUUUUUCAAAUUUAGCUAACUUUUCUUAAAUAGGGCCCUUAAUUUUGAUACUGGCGAAAAGUGUGCAGAUAGUGUUCCAGUUGUAAUCCUGGGCAGCGCCGGGUACAUCAACUAGUAAUUCCGAAAAAAUUCUUGUGGGGCUAUGGGCUGCCAUCGUGUCUCAUUCAGAAACAAAAAACAAAAAACACCGGUAAAUUAGUUCACGUUUCACAGUAACAACAACGCUGACGUGCGUACCCCAAGUCUUAUAACUAGGAAAAGGAUCUAUUUUUUCAUAGCUCCUCGAUGUUUCCUCCGACCUGAUUACAGUUCUUGUACUCGGUGAAAUCUUGUGAUGAAUUAUUCACACUGACAUCUGGCUUUUAGGAACUUGAGCAAACAUUUGAGCAGCGGGUUUUUUUAUUAAUCGAAGUUUGAUGAUUAAUGGCUUGAAGCUUGAUCUCUACAGCAAUGCUGUGCGCGACAACGGUGGUCGCUGUAGUGAACUCUUAGAAACCAUCCUUAGUCUAGGGCAGAAAUGCUUGAUCUCUACAGCAAUGCUGUGCUCGACAACGGUGGUCGCUGUAGUGAACUCUUAGAAACCAUCCUUAGUCUAGGGCAGAAAUGCUUGAUCUCUACAGCAAUGCUGUGCUCGACAACGGUGGUCGCUGUAGUGAACUAUUAGAAACAUGCCUUAGCCACGGGAAGCAAUGCUUGAUCUCUACAGCAACGCUGUGCUCGACAACGGUGGUCGCUGUAGUGAACUAUUAGAAACACGCCUUAGUCACGGGAAGCAAUGCUUAAUCUCUACAGCAAGGCUGUGCUCGACAACGGUGGUCGCUGUAGUGAACUCUUAGAAAGACGCCUUAGUCACGGGAAGCAAUGCUUGAUCUCUACAGCAAGGCUGUGCUCGACAACGGUGGUCGCUGUAGUGAACUCUUAGAAACACGCCUUAGCCUAGGGAAUAAGCAUGACGAUAUGUAUGUUCUUAUAAAUCCGCCUCAAGCAACCUAUUGUGGUGUGUAUGCCAUAAAUGUUCCAUUAUAAACACUAGGUCUGUAUCUAUUUCGGUCUUUUGAUCUAUCUCUCUCUCUCUCUCACACACACACUCACAUAUAUUUCCACCUAUAUUCUCUCUCAAUCUCUCUGUCUUACUCUCUACAUCUUUAUUUUUUUUCAAUAUCUCUUCUAUAUUAAAUAAUUGCAAAUCAUGUGUUAACAUUUUCUCCUCUGCUCUUUUGUGUGUGUGUCUCUCUCUCUCUCUCUCUCUUCUAAAGUUCUCUAAACGAUAGGAGGCAAAUAGUUUCAGGUAUCUCGUACCAGAAUCGUUUGUCAACAUCCGGUUAAAUUUAACAUUUAAAAAACGAUCAAAAUAUUCUGGAGCUUUUCAACUAGGAUCUCAUUCCGUUUCCCAACAGCGCUGACAGAUAUUAAACGAGAUUUGUCUCCGACUCGCCGCAGAAUCGUUAAAUCAUUUCGUCUCCAGUAAAAAUAUGUUCUAAAUUAUAAUAUAUCUGUAAAUAUGUUCUAAAUUAUAAUAUAUCUGUAAAUAUGUUCUAAAUUAUAAUAUAAUCUGUAAAUAUGUUCUAAAUUGUAAUAUAUCUGUAAAUAGAUUUUAAAUUAUAAUAUAUCUUUAAAUUUGUUCUAAAUUGUAUUAUAUCUGUAAAUAUGUUCAAAAUUAUAAAAUAUCGGUCAAUAUGUCUUUAAACAAAUAAGAUUCAUUUUGCAAAAUUAAAAUUCCAUUUAAGAUGUUUCCAAACUCAUAUAGAUUUCAGACUAUCCCUGCUCCUAACUUAUUCAUAUCGGCUUCUUCUAUCGACCUAUAUUAUAUGCUCUAUCAUUUAUUCACACACGUUUGUUUUUGUUCUAAAGAGUCUGUCGUAAACUGAGACUUGUCUUUUUGUUGACAUGUCUUACUGAUCACAACAGUUGAAUCUUUUGAUCACCACAAGACGUUAAGAUGUUGUUUUAAGCGUGUAGUUGACGUUCAUGACUUCCUUGUUUUUGACCUAAGCGUAAUGCCUAGUGCGCAUGUCCUAACCUAACGGAACUUCCUGGUUUCAUUAACAGCUAAGAUUGUUUGAAUUAAAAUGUGAUCGUUAUUUUAUGAAAGAGACAGAGAGAGAGAGAGAGAGAGAGAGAGAGAGGAGAGGAGAGGAGAGGAGAGGAGAGGAGAGGAGAGAAGAGAAGAGUGAGCGAGGGGCGAUAGUGGAGAGUGAGCAAGGAGAGAGAUAAGGGAGGGGAGAGAGAGGACAUGGAGAGGAGGGGAGCGAGGAGAGAUAGAGAAAAGAGAUAGAUAGAGAGAGAGGGGGGGAGAGAGAGAAGAGAGACAGGAGAGAGAUAGAAGAGAGAAUGUCAAGAUCAGAAGCUAUUUCUAUUGACCAGCCACCGUGUUUAAGAUAUAUUUGUUGAAGUAAGAUACGGCGCUCUUACGAUAACCAUCUUCAUUGCAUUCAGUUGAAAUGGAUAGCAGAUGAAUAAGUUCUCUUCACACACCCCACCCCGCUGCAAAAACCCCACGAAAAACCUCCAACUCAUUGAUGUGAUCAGAGUGGGUCAUUGGCUUGAAUUUGAAAAGUACUGUUUUCUGGAUAUAUCCCUUUUUGAAAUUUUUUUUUUUUUUUUUUUUUUUUUUAAAUUGCUAUGAUCUCCCCAUGUUUCGUCAUAGCAACAUAUUAGGAAAUUUAACGUUGAUCUCCUUAGGUGUAUUUUUUGCGGAAAGCGAUGUCGGUGUCGGAACCAUUGUGGGUUCAGCUGUCUUCAACAUUCUAUUUAUCAUAGGUGUAUGUGGAGUAUUCGCGGGAAUGGUAAGCUAUGUUGUUCAAUGUUGCCUUUCACGAUUACUGUACUGCAUUUAAAAUGUAAACUAAAUCAAAGACCCUGACAUAUAAACUAAAUCAAAGACCCUGACAUAUAAACUAAGUCAAAGACCCUGACAUAUAAACUAAGUCAAAGACCCUGACAUAUAAACGAGCCAACUAAGUUUAACAUCACUUCUCUUCAUAGGUUGUCGAGUUGACGUGGUAUCCACUGGUCAGAGACACCAUCUUCUACCUGCUCUCUGUGCUCACUUUGUUUCUCAUCAUCAGGGACCAAACAGUUGAUUGGUCAGUUCCAUGUAUUACGACACCUGGUUAUUGUUUUAUUUUUUUUUUUUUUUUUUUACUGGGAACUCAGUUUUGAUUUAAAUGAAUGGUUGUAUUAUUUUGACCUGGUUAGGACGCUGCGUUCUUUAGUUAGAACUUUUUUUUUUUUUUUUUUUUUUUUUUUUUUGUACUGAGAACUCAGUUUUGAUCUAAAUGAAUGGUUGUAUUAUUGUGACCUGGUUAGGACGCUGCGUUCUUUAGUUAGAACUCAGUUGUAUCCAUGUAAUAUGAUCUACAGUCAAAUGGUCGUAUAUAUACUACAUUCAACUUACAAGAUCAGCUAAAGUGGCUAACAUUAACACCUUCAUUAAAGCUAUCAAACAAUAACUUAAAUGGGAUAACGUGAAGCCAUGAAUUGUGGUCAUAUUUUUUUAAAUCAAUAAUUUGCCUGAUUAUCUAUACGUUUUGCUAAUACCACCGCAAAAAAAUCAACACACUGAUGAUGGCGUAGAUGUAACAUAAAUUCAAUCAUUACACCCACACAAAAAGAAAGAAAAAAAAGAGAAAAACGAAAAAAAAAACUAUAUGGUCAUUCUGUAUUUUGUUUUCAAGUACGGUUAAAAACUGGUAUCGGAACAUCAACAUUUAAAAAAUGGAUUUACUUAUGAAGUAGAUUUAAAAAUGCAUCCUUCAAGUGCUUUAGCACUGAGUCAAGAAGGCAAAAACAGAAUUUAAAACCAAACAUUGGUUUCAGACCCAAAGUUUAAAAAAAAAAAAAAUUUAAAAACAAUUAAAAGAGAGAUUAUAUAUUUUUAAAAAUGUAAUAAAGAAAAAUAAUUGUAUGACUCAAAUUGCAUUUGACUUGUUAGGUCAACUUUUUUGUGUUUAUUUCGUUACUCUGUCGAAAUAAAAUUUCCAGACACUGGGCUUAGCUCAAAGGGGCAUCAUUUCUCUACCGCCUGAUUUACUUCUCAAUAUCUAUGUAUCAUCAGCUGUUGUUUUUUUAAAAUAUUGUGUCCUAUGGACAACCCCGUAAUGUCAAAACACUUCUCUUUCCUUAGGUACGAGGCCCUUCUCAUGGUCAUUCUGUACAUAGUUUAUAUAUCUAUCAUGUAUUUUAACCGCUUCCUCGAGGCUAAAUCCAAAGCAUGGGUCAGCAAACUGCUGUCCAGGCUGGAGCGCCAGCCGUUGAUGAACAAAUCACCAGAGGAUCAUAUCAUUCCAGAGGAGAUGCAACGAGCUCGCGCUCACAGGUAAAAUACGAAAGGCUUCCUUUUGUUUUUGUUUUUUUGUUGUUAUUUAUUUAUUAUUAUUAUUAUUUAUUAUUUUUUUUUUGUAAAGUAGAUAAAUGUAACGUGACACAUUGUAGGAUUUGUUUUUAAAAAUCGAUUUGAUACUUGAUGAGCUGAGCUCCUGAACUUUAUUUCAGUCCUAGUGGUGAGAAGGUCGUUGACAGCAUACCACUAACUAAUGGAUACAGAAGUUUUGAGAAUGGCGAUAGGUAGACCUGACCAGCUUCUCACACAACGCUUUAUUUGUGUUCUUUUUUGUUUUCACAAAAUUACAUUAUUUUGCAAUCCAGGAUAAUAACUUAUCACCACGCAAAACUUGUGAAUAUUUUGUGCACAAUGGAGCGCUUUGUGGUUUCAUCACGCCCCUUAUUUCAUAAAAUAGUUCAUCGACUGUCUAAACAAAUGAUCUGAAAAUACAACAAUCUUCACGUAACAUCGGUUAAAGAUUCCGUUCGUCAUUUUAGUUUGAACAUUUCUAAAUUAAGGAUUGAUUAUAUCAUUAAAAUAUUUCCACUCACACAUUAUCUCGCUUGCUUUUUGACCCGAGCUCAAUGAAUGUCGUAAUGAAAUUAUAAUAAGAUAACAUCCAUUAAUAACCACGACAGAAAAAAAAAUUAACCAGAUUUCUUGUAGAUUGAAAGUAGAUUUUGUUAAAAACUUUUCGACCUUCAUUGUGGUAAAAUGAUUAAGUUAAUUUAAUGUCAUUUUUGUUUUUCCCAAUUAAAACCAAAAAAAAAAAUAAAAAAAAAUAACAACCAAAAAGUUGAUUCAGACAGGUCCGAAAUCUCUGACAUUGCGACAGUUUAAGUCGACUUUUACAACAACAAAUAAUCAGAUGCACCAAUUAUAUUUCUAAUGUAUACCUAGGCAUGGCGUUAUGCACCUUACACUUACUUCUUGAUGUGCACGCAUUACAUUCCCUCAGCUUUCACAUUUCAAACAUGUCUGACUGGCACACAUUGUUUACCUUUGACGUCUUUCGGGUGUCUCUUUUUAUGUCCUCACACCAACAUCGUCAUCAUAGAGUAUAGAGCGUUGGUAAAAAAUAAAGGUGAAGCCAAUCAACUUAAACUUUGCUAUACAGUGAUUUUUCUUUUGGUUGAUUUAUGCUAUCGCUUUAUUCCGAAUUGGUUUUGUGUUUUGGUGUUUUUUUUUAAUAUUUAUUUUUUCUAAAUUUUCCUGGUGAUUGUGAGUAGUACUAAGUCGAACAAAAUUACACCAACUAAAUGAAAUGAACAAGAUUUUUUCUCUUUCAAGUGUGCUACAGGCCCGUUCUUAGGAAUACGCUGAGUACGCAUCCGCGUAGGGCCCCGAACGUGACAGGGCCCCCGUAAGGGGUGUUCUCUCCUCAGCUCGAGGGAGCUCCACCCCCGGACACCCCCCCUUCCGGGGCCCCAAACCUACGCUCCAUGCUUGGGGUCCCCAAACUCCUAAGAACGGCUCUGUGUGCUAACGAUUGAGUACGUUCACUAUUCUGAUUAUAAAAAUACCAUCCGUAAAUUAAACUUCAUCCAGGUAUGACAUUAUUGUCAUAAAUGUUAUAGAGCAUCGACAGCUAACAUUCAAAUGUCACAUUCCAACAAUAAAUAGUAAGCAUAACAACUUACCAUUUUGAUCUACUGAAAUGAAGGUAAACAUAAGCUACCUAACAACAAAGGGAUGCUUUAUUAGGUUUUUAAAUGAUUAUUUUGAACAUUAUCAAAAUCCAUGAAUUUGAAUUUUUUUUUUUUUAGAAUACAAUAUUAUUAGAGCUGUCUUUUAUAUACUUAGUUUCAGAUUCUUUAUUUCAGCCGCAUCAGCAAUGCCUCCAUGACGAUGUCCCAUGAUUAUGAAAAGUCCUUGCACGGCGUUGGCCAGUCUUUGUCAGAGGAGCAGGAGACCUCCAUAGUGGACAGAUUGGAACCAGCCACGCCAUCGACGUCAUCAUCCAAAAACGGGGAGCUGAGUACGACGUCAUUCUCUCUAUUCACCAACAAAGCGGUUCCAUUUAAAGCCCUCCAUUAAAUCGCCGCCUUUAUUUGCAGAGUAAUUCAGUUGAAUUGUGACGUAGAAAAUAGACCCUGAAAUACUGUUUCUAAACCAGCUCACAUCUGCCUCAAGAAUCGCUCUGCUGGAAUUAAAACCCCAAAUAAAAGUAAUCGAUCGAUUGAGUGCAAAGUCAUUUCUGGGGGAAUGAACGCUUUGUAUAAAGAUUUUAUCGCCAUUCAAUAAAGUAAUCGCCGGCAAAAAAUAAUCGACACAAUGUUUUAAAAUAUAUUUACUCAAACAAGUUGUAAACGAUUCAUUUACCAUGAAAGUUUCCAUUUUUGGACACAUGGAUGUCGUUUAUUAGGAUUUUAUCUCAAAUGGAUAUCUUAUUUGGGAUUAAUUCUUCCCAUAUGGAACGUUACGUUUUAUGACACACUAAAGGCCUUGUAAACAGCUCUGUUUGCAACAAAAAUUAAUUUUAUUUUUUUAUAAUAAAAAAGUGCCCCCCCCCCCCCCCGAAGCUUAAAUAUUAUGUAUAAUUAACCGGAAAAAACACUUUCAAUUUGAAUAAAAUUCCAAGCAAAAAAAAUCCCUUUCACAUGCGUCCAAUAUUCAAACACUUCUAUUUGUUUAUUCAUAAUAAGCUCAAAACUAAAAUUGUUAAAGUUUGUUUUUUUUUUGUUUUUUUUUGGCCUCAUUUGUCCAACAGUGACGGUAUCAGAGUACGAGUCCGUUUGGACCAUACCAGAUGGCAAGCUCAUGAAGGUGCUGUGGGUCAUCGUGUGUCCAAUCAAGGCUGUCUUUUUCCUGACCAUACCAGACAGUCGGCGGCCGGGUAUAUGGUCCCGCCUCUACCUACUGUCGUUCUUCAUGUCAGUGGCCUGGAUCAGCGCUACAACUUAUCUGAUGGUCUGGAUGGUGACAAUCGCAGGUAUGCUAAGUGGAUUAAAAGUGGAUCAGCCAGAUACUAAUUGAAUGGGAAAUUCCUAGCUAUUAACGAUAAAUAUGAUCUCUAGAGAAGACCCAGUCAAGGUCUGGAGUUCAUAUUUCACUUCACUCUCAUCAACAUCCCCUGGGUCUAGAGUGCAUGUCUCACUUCACUCUCAUCAACAUCCCCAAGGUCUGGAGUACAUGUCUCAGUAGCACUUCACUCUCAACAUCCCCAAGGUCUAGAGUACAUGUCAUUCUUCACUUUCAUCAUCCCUUGGGUCUAGAUUACAUGUCUCACUUCACUCUCAUCAAUAUCCCCAAGGUAUAGAGUACAUGUCUCACUUCACUCUCAUCAACAUCCCCUGGGUCUAGAAUACAUGUCUCACUUCACUCUCAACAUCCCCAAGGUCUAGAGUACAUGUCACUCUUCACUUUCAUCAUCCCUUGUGUCUAGGGUACAUUUCUCACUUCACUCUCAUCUACAUAUUUACACAAACUAUAUCUGCAAAUCACAAGUAGAAAAUAUAUCUUGAAACUUAUUUACAACCCGUAAAGAUGGGGAAGGAAUGUGUUUUAACGACGUGUAUCGUGAAGACCUAAGUCUUGGAAGACUUUUUAUGUAGAAGACUUUUUUAAAGGUCCUUUUAAAUGUUCGCUUGAACUGAAUAUUUUGCCUUGAUUUGACAUUUCCCAAUCAGUUGAUGAACUUUCCCAUCUGAAGAUUUCCCAAUCAAUCGGUUAACUUUCCCAUUUGUUAAAGGUGAUGCCCUUGACAUCCCCGACACUGUGAUGGGUUUGACUCUGCUUGCUGCAGGGACCAGUGUCCCAGACUGUCUUUCCAGUGUCUUCGUGGCCAGGGAUGGUGAGAGAUAUAAAUGCAGGCUUAGUUUUAAGAAAUGCUUAGUUUAAGACAUGCUUAGUUUUAAACAUGCUAAGUUUUAAUACAGGCUUAGUUUUAAGACACGUUUAGUUAUAAGACAUGCUUAGUUCUUAGAAGACUCGUCUAAGUAAUCAACAGUUGAUUAUUACCCAUGAAUUCCAUGCAAAAGAAACUAAUGUAAUGUCGAAUAGAAAAAUGAUGCGUCUCAAUUCUUUAACUCACUUGGGACUGGUCAAAGAGUACCGAUAAUCUCUUCUGGUCUCAGACGUCAUUUAGUCAAACGUGUCACAGAGGAAGGAACAAACCCCGCCUAUCGAUCCCUCUAUCUUAUGGGCUCUUCUUUAUCAACCAGGACUUUGUUUCUAUUGACUCGAACACUUUAACAUGAUCAGAUGAGCUGAAGCGUGAGGUCAUUCCCCUUUAGUUGUUAACUGUCAGGCUUCCACCCCCACCACCACCACCCACCCCAAUCUGCCUGGGAAUACAAGUUGUCCAUGUAAUUUUAUCGCUCAACGUUUUAUUUAUAGAAUUUCAAAUUUACAGCGAUUCUAAAAUUAAAAUAUCUCCUUAAAAAAAAACAAAAAGCAGCUCACUUUCUGUUAUAUCUCUUGUUCACGAAACCCUUAAGAAUGAGACUUUGUAACACAGCUUAGUCCGAAUUAAAUUGGAUUUUUACAUCUGUAUCAAUAUAAAAAGUAGCUGGAUUCUCAUUUCAAUAAUUUGUAAUGCUAAUAUUUGUAUAACUAUCUAUUUACAACCAUCAGUAAAUCAAAUGCAUUUAGCUUUAAAAGUUUAUCAAGAAAAGCAGCGCGCAGGAGUGACAACGUUUCAACAGAGCAAAAAUAGGUAUUAAAAGUACUUUGGAUUGUGCUGGAUUGUAAAAUAAAAAAACAACCUAUGGAAAGUAAAUUUAAAACAAAAAUUACCCUUUCUGUAUUGACUUAUUAUCAGUGGCGUACCUAUGGUCUGCCAGGUAGAGAGGAUGCCCUGGGUGCCAUUUAAUGUGGGGAGGGGGGCCAAAAGCAGAAUUUCUAUCAAUUCAAUAGCUAUUCACAAGUAUCAACAGAGUUUGUCCUGCGCAAAUGACACACUUGAACAUUAUACACCCAGUAAACGUUUCUGUCCUUUGAAUUCAACUUGCAAGUGCAUUAAACAGGCUUACUAAUCCUACACUACAAUCUUUAAUAGAAGGCACAAAAUUUAGCAAUGGCUAAUCCAAAUUACAAAAUUUUCUCACCCCUCUGCCACGGGUGCCUAUUACGCUAUAGGUACGCCCCAGCUUAUUUUUAAUCUACUUUUUCUUUUCCUUAUGAGUGGUGAGUCAUGGGAAAUAAUACUAUCAGGAAUGAGGUAAUGUUUUUCAUCUCUCUCACAUGCCAGAGUAACGUCAAGACUAAAAAUCAUGUAUUUUGUGUUUGCCCAGGUUACGGCGACAUGGCCGUGUCCAACUCCCUGGGCAGUAACGUGUUUGACAUCCUGCUGUGCCUGGGCAUCCCCUGGCUCAUCGAGUGCGCCAUCAAGUCCGGCGACAGCGUUUCGAUCACCAGCGGCGGCCUGACGUACUCCUCACUGACUCUGCUGGCCACCGUCGUGUUCCUGCUGGCGUCCAUGGGCGUCAACAAGUGGAAGCUCACCAGGGGCUACGGCUACGUCUGCCUGGUCACCUACCUGGUCGUGGUCAGCUUGUCCUGCUUGUACGAACUGAAUAUCUUUGGUGAUUUCAACCCGCCGUCUUGUGACAGAUGAAAGCCGGAGGGGGCUCGGCGUGGUUAGAGAUCCCACUCGCAUCUGAUAUACUACUAUGUGUUGGCGGUUUAUUGUUCACGGACAGAUUGAAUUGACCAAGGAGCUGCGUGUUGCACACGUGGACAACUGCAGGGAAAACGGAACGAAUGUUAUUGUUCUGAUGGAAGCGAGUGUCUCUGUGUUGAAAAAAAUUUUUACGACAUCAAAAAAAAAAAAUCAUCUUGCAAAUCUUCUUGUAAAUUUUGUAAUCAGCUCUUCGCGGUAAA